AUGACUGCUGCAGUGUUGACCGGUGAGUGCUGGCUCGCCAGUAUCUUUUGUGUGCGUUCUGGGUUUCGAACGGAUGCUCUGUGUAACUACAAAGGUCGCCACCACUGGAAGUCAUGCCGCGGGCUACGCCUGUAUGUCCAACAUGGCGACGGUGCCAGGCAGCUGAACAGCAGCCAGAAGGCAGCCUGUAAGACAUGGCUGCAAGAUCCAUCCAAGAAAGAGAAGGCUCUGAAACAGUGGAAGUCAGAAUCAGAAGGUUCCAAUGUGGUGGAAAUGUCCAAAGAUUCCAGCGAUUCCAACGUACGGAUCGCAAACACAUUAGUUGGACAUCGGAUCCAGGAUCCGAUCCGACAUCCAUCGAUACAGCCGCAGCUGUACAGCGCAGCGAUCGACACCGAUAUAUCACUUCGCGAAAGUAUCCUCUACGACACAUGUGCGACGAUCCACGUAUUCAACAAGAAAUCAUGGUUCGUUUCCAUGGAAGCAGUGGACCGGAACAUGACAGUUCUAGUAGGUGACACUACUAUAGAUACCAAGAUGAAAGGCACUGUCGAAAUAGACCUCCUUGGACCUGCUGGCAGGCAGCUAGUACGGAUCCACAACGUCUACUACAGUCCUGGAUUCCACACCAAUAUCGUUUCCGGCCAGCAAUGGUUGUAG